UUUUCUUUUUGCUCGAUAUAAUAACUAGAUAUAUUUUCUAAUAAAUGUUGUCAUUAGUAGAUGAUCAUUUAGCAAUCUUCAAAAAUUGGAAAAAUGUACAACUACAAUAACCUCCAACUGUGGCUAUACAUUCACGCUAUUGUUGGAGACUUUUCGAUUGUACUUUAGAAUGAUAUUGUUGGACGAAUGUAGUAUGCUUUUUCUUGCUAAAAUAAUUACAUAAUUUUUAUAACUAUAGUUGAUGAUCAUUAAGCAAUUUUCAUAAUGUCGCAAAUUAUACGACUAUGUUAACCUUCUAUUAUCACUUUAUUUUUCUGUUAGUGUUGAAGAUUUCUCAAUUAUACUUUAGAAUAAUACGACCGUACAUAAUAUGACUGUUCCCGAGAGUGUGUGGCGUGUUCCUUAAUUACGUGCGUUCAGUGAUUCGUUGUUAACGUGACUCGGCCAAACGAAAAUAAGCACCACAUGAUGGAGAGAAAACGAAAUCUUCCGCGUAGCUCGCGUAAAAGUUUUGAUAAAUUAUCUAUCAGGCAAAAAAGAUUGCAUCAUCGAACAAUAUUAAAUGCGACUAUAAAUGCGCUUAAUGCACCACAAGUUCAAUCCAGCGAUAACCUCAAAGAAAACAACAUAGCAUGUGAACAUGUUUCAUGCCAUACUGGAAGUGCUCUUAUUAUUGAUAGGGAUAAUAAUACAUCAUUAAUAAAUACUGACAGCAGUAAUUAUUCCGAUACAAGUGAUGAGAGUGACAAUGAUAUUAUUUUAAACAAUAUUAAUAAGGAGAUUUUCAUCGAUUUUAGAGCAACACUAGCACAAGCAUGUAUUGAAAACCACAUGACUCAUAUGCAGAUAAAUUCUAUUCUAAAAGUAUUGCAAAAACAUGAAUGUUUCAAAAACCUUCCUAAAGAUGCUAGAACAUUAUUAGGUACACCGAAAGACUGUAACAAAAAAAUUAGAGACGUUUUCCCAGGUCAAUAUCUUCAUUUGGGUAUUUGUGAAAACAUUUUAAAGAAAUUAUCACUCUGUAAUGAAGUGCCCUUGGAAAUUUUGAUUGACAUUAGUACUGAUGGAGCAAACGUUUAUGAAAGUGUUAAUUUUGAUAUUUGGCCCAUUCAAUUUCGAAUUAUUAAUAUCAAAGACAAAACUCCAAUGAUUGCGGGAAUCUACGCAGGACCUAAAAAACCAACCGAUUUUAUAGAUUUCUUUAAAGAAUUCAAUUUAGAACUGUUGCAAUUACUCGAAAAAGGUAUUCCGUUUAACGAUAAAAUUGUAAGAAUAAAAUUAAAUUGCUUUAUUGCUGACACACCUGCUAGGCACACAUGCUUAAAUAUUAAGGGACACGCCGGAUUUAAUUGUUGCAACAAAUGUAAAAUACCAGGCGAAAGGCAUAAAACAGAUAGGACUAUUAUUUUUAAAGGAACGAAUCAUCUUCCGCAGAUUGAUGAAGAAUAUCGUCAGAAAGAAAAGAUGGACGUAAAUCAUCAUCAUGGUUACUCGGUUCUGCAUUCAUUAUCAUUGGAUUUAGUACGUCAAACUCCGCUAGAUAGUAUGCAUUUAGUGUACUUAGGAGUAGUCAAACAAAUAAUCGUAAAAGCAUGACUAGAAGGGUUCUAUCGGCCAACGAAAUUAAAAGAUGUUGUAAAAGAUCGUAUUUCAAAUCGCCUUUCAACAUUAAUUAAUUACUGCCCAUGUGAAUUUUCUCGAAAACCGAGAAGACUGGAUUUUUGCCGACGUUUUAAAGCAACUGAGUUUCGACAAUUGUUAUUAUCUACGGGACCAACUGUUUUGUUAGAUUUGUUUGGUGACGAUGAACGAAUGCAGCAUUUUUUAAAAUUACAUUAUGCGAUCCGUAUUCUUGUAUCAUCAAAUGAAAGAACCCACAAUGAUAUUGAAAAAGCAAAAAUGAUUUUAGAAUCAUUUGUAACUGACAGUAUUUCUGUUUAUGGUAGAAACUUUUUAUCGUACAAUGUCCAUAAUCUAAUUCAUUUAACGGAUGAUGUUCAUAAUUUCGGUCCACUGGAUCAUUUUUCUUGUUUUCCGUUUGAGAAUAAUAUGAUGUUUUUUAAAAAAGUGGUUCGUAAACCUUCUAUGUCAUUACAACAGAUUUAUAAUCGUUACAUAGAGACAAAAAAUCACGAUUUCCAGAGUUCUUCGCAAAAUCCCACUUUCACGACUCGUGUAUAUCGUCAAAAAUUACAUAAAGGCCCUCAUGUGCAUCAGCAAGAAAACAUAAAGCAGUUUUCAUGUAUUAAAAUAAAUGGAGUUACUUACAAAUUAGACAAAAGCAAUCAUUGUUGCAUUUUACAAGAUGGUACUGUUUGCAUUAUAGUGAAUAUAUUACAAUAUGAUGAUGACAAUGAGUAUCGUUUAAUUGUACAAAAAUUUCAAGUUAUUAAUGCAUUUUAUAACAUCAAUAAUUUAAACUCACAAGAAGUAGGAAUUUUUAAAUGUACAGAGUUAUCUCGAGAUACAUAUGAAAUUUCAUUUCGGGAUGUUAAAUCCAAGGCUUAUAAAAUGCCUUUUUGGCAAAACGCAGAACUAGACUUUGAAAGAAACAUUAAUAUUAUAGUUGAAAUUUAUAAUGAUGAAUGGUUAUUACAUUAACUUAACUUUUAUAUAUUUCGUAUUGUUUAAAUAUUAAUACAAAUAACUAAAUUUAAUAAUUAUUUUAAUAAUGCGUCUAUUAAAAUGUUAAUUAAAAUUUUAUAAUAAAAAUUUUAUAUUACUUUAUAAAAUUUUAUAAAGUAAUAUUUAUUAAUAAUAAUGUAUAUCGAAAAUUAAGUUCGAAAACAUUUAAAUUAAAAGAAAUGCGCGGGAAAUUGUAUGCACACGGUUAAACAAGUGAACACAGAGGAGUUAGCUUCUUCUUUCCGCUUUCUUCAUAACCUAAAGCUUCAACGGCAGCCACAACACUUGUGUUUGUCGCGUUUAGUGUUCAGUGUUUCAUUAUGGAAAUGCGUAAUAGUGCCGAAAAUAUAAACAUACAUAACAUGGAUAACCAAGCUGAUCGAAAUAUUGGAACCAUAUGCUUGGAUUCUACAUCAAUAAGCAAUAAUAACGUAUACAAUUUGUGUGGUACACUUGAACUCGAGCAAAUGAAGGAAUCGUCUAAUGUGAUUUCAUCCAAGGAAAAAUCUUUUUCAAAUUUAAUGUCUACAUCACUUCCAGAAAAUUCGUAUUUAAUUAAUGACAAAACAGUUAAUUUGUAUCACCAAAGAUGCCGAAAUGAAGAUUUACAAAGCACUUCAAGGUUACAGGAUACUACAGAUGAUAUUUCCAUUUCACCUGUAUUUCAAUCAAUAAUGCAGAAAUUAGAAAACGUAAGCAAACAAGUGCAUUCAAUUGGACAACAAGUGCAUUUAAUUGGACAACAAGUUAAUACAUUAGUUAGUAUCCAAAGCUUGAUAAAUGAUUCUCAGUCCAUAAUACAAGAUUUGAAUUUGCCGAUAUCCACGAGAGAAGAGUACCAUGAAUUUAAUUCUGAUAGCAAAAAGUUACAAAUCUUACAAACAUAUCUGGUCACAUUAGGUGGUUUGGAUUUGCGAGGGGCGUUAAAUGAUUUUUUAAAAGUCACCAUCACUGAUGAGUUUGUGGCAAGAAAUAUAACAUGGAAAGAGGGAAAUAAUAAAUUGCAUUUUCGAGAAAGUGCAAUAAGCCGGACUUUCUUUGGUGCUGCUUGUAGACUUGUUAGAUUAGGACCGAUCUCUUUUAAAGAAUAUUGUACAGAGAUAAAAUGUACUAUUAAAAAUGCAACUCAAAGAGUGUACAUGUCAAAGGUUGUAAGACCCAGGAGAAAGCGGAAUGUUGAAGAAAUUGAAAAAGAUGCUCAUCUGAUGCAAAUGUAUGAAGCGGCUUAAUGAUUUUUUUUCUUAAAUAACGUUAAUUUUUUAUUUAAGGAAUGAUCAAACCUUUCUUUUACUUUGCAUACAAAAUUCAUGUUCAUAUUGUAAUUUUUACAACUGCAAAGUCAAAUUACUUUUCUUUAAACACAAAAUGUUAUUUCAUUAAGAUUGAUCAUAAUCGUUA